GUCUUUUCAAUCAGUGAAGAUAACAUCUUGUCCAUCCAACAGUUACCAUGGUAUGAGACUGUUGCAGAUAUCAGUGGACACGCUGUCUCGGGGGUUUAUAGUGUCCACUGUGGAUGCCAGCGACCUCCUCUACCCGCCCAAGGAUGGAGUAUUUGUCAUGGAGGUUUUUACCUGGACGGGGCUGGUUGGGACAAGAGGAACCGCUGUCUGGUGGAAGCUGAACCCAUGCAGAUGGUCCGUCCCAUUCCCACCAUGCACUUCAAACCUGUGGAAAACCGCAAGACGGCAGCCAGGAGACCUGUGUCUGUGUCACUACUUCCUGGAGCGUUCGGGUGGGGCAGCUCGACCUCAAAACCGGAGCUGUGACCCCAGACCACUGGAUCAUAAGAGGGACUGCUCAUCUCGUCAGCCUGGACAACAAAAGGCCUAAACACACACACACACACACACACACACACACACAUAUACACAUACACACUCACACGUUGACUCUGACACACUUAAUGUUUAAGCUCUUUAUUACUUUAUAUGUUUUUUAUAAAUAACAUUCUUAUUUGUGACCUUCAAGUCACAUGGCUCUGAAAGACGGCAAUUUAAAAUGUACUUCUCAUAUGUGUGGCAUUCUGUUAAUCAGGAUCUCACACCUGGCCUUCAACAAUAAAUGGACUGAGUAAGGUCUCUCUCUCUCUCUCUCUCCUCUUUUUUUUGUCUCCUUUCUCAGCUGGCCGUCUCUUCACAGACCCCUUUUUAACCCUGCUCAAACAGACACUUACACACACACAUACACAGAGGAAUGGUCUACCACUUUCUUUUACUGGAAAUGUGCUUCUUUGCCACAUCUGGAUCAAGUGUCUGGGCGUGCAAGUGUCUGUUGUGCUCAUUGUAUUCCUUAGUAAUCUAAUGAGCUGUUAUACAUUGUGUGAAGACACUAAUGUGCUGUAACAGUUCUGUGAUGAAUCACAUUUGGGGAAUGAGCGCUUUAGUUUUGGAUUACACUGAAUUCAAACUGUUUUUAUGAAGCACAUAAUAUAUCACAUUUACAGUUAUUGACCAGACAGUCCUGGAAAUACAAAUCAGUUACGAUCUUUAUUUGUACAAAAGACCGUCAUUGGUAUCUGUACAUCCUUAAACCAAAGAAUAAUAUUUUCAAUUUGUGAAAAUUAUAUUUGUCCUUGGUUUGCCACACUCUGAUUCACAGAAACUUUCACACAGCAAGACC